GUGUUUUUUAGAGACAAUGACAGAUUAUGUGAGUUAGAAAAUUCUAAACCACUAAGUUUUGUUUUUGCUUUCUAAACAGGGCACACUACUGGACCAAGCUUAAAUAAUGACAAGCUAUAUAAAUUUGCUUACUCUGCUGAAGUGUAUGUUGAUCAGGUAAAAGCAUCACUGAAGAAAAGUGCAGGCUACCGGAUUUCUUCUGCUGUGGAUGUCAACCUCUUAUGGAGAAAUCCCGACAAUGAUGAUGACCAGUUGGUCAAAGUUAUGAUAAGAGAUGUUCAAGUUGAAAAUGUGAAUGAACGUCCAGCUGCUAAAAGCAUCUUCAAAGGAAAAAGCACAGAGAAGAUCAUCAGGAAAGAAUAUCUGGAAGCUUUACAGAGACCCAUGCUUCUUGAGUUAGUCCGUGGAAAAGUCAAAAACUUCUACUCAUAUCAGAAUGAACCUGGUUUUACUCAAAACAUUAAGAGAGGUCUGGCGAGCCUUUUCCAGCUCCAGCUGCACUCUGGUGCUGCCCGUGAGGUGGACAUAUCUGGCAAAUGCAAUACUACUUACCAUGUACGGCAAGAUCAAGUGACUAAAAUAAAAGACCUGGACUCGUGUGAAACAGAAAAACAAGGAUUUACCAGCCACAACCAGAUUUUAGAUGUCAAUACAAAAGCCACAUCUGCCACAAUUUAUGUGCUGGAAGAUGGUUUCAUUAAAUCCAUUAAGGCAGAAGAAAAUUAUGCUUUCCUUCUGAAUUUCCGACGAAAAACAGGUGCCAAAAUAGUUUCAAAGCAGAGACUGGAACUGAAGUCAAUACAAGCUGGACCUGGUCUGAUCGCUGAGAAGCAAGUUGCCAGUGUUGUCAGGAGCUUGGACUCUAGUUACGUCGCCGUGCCACUAGUAGCAGAGACAGUCAAAUCCGAAUGCAAGAAGUGUCCUUCACUUUCUGAACACUGGCAGAGCAUCAGAGAACAUAUGUAUCCUGAAAAACUUUCCAAAGCUGAAGCUGCAAAAAGCUUUUUAUCCUUCAUUCAGAACAUCAGAAAAACUACAAAAGAGGAGAUACUGCAGCUUAUUAAAAGUGAAAAUAAAGAACUUCUUCCACAGAUAGUGGAUGCUGUAACCUCCGCUCAGACCCCAGCAUCACUGGAGGCCAUACUGGAGUUUCUUGACUUUAAGGAUGCAAGCACGUCUGUCCUGCAGGAGCGAUUCCUCUAUGCCUGUGGGUUUGCUUCGCACCCCAGUGAAAUGCUCCUGAAAUCUUUAACUGCUACAUUCAAGGGUGAUAUUGCGAAUGAAGAAAUCAGAGAAACCCUUGUCAUUGUCAUGGGAGCGGUCAUCAGAAAGCUGUGCGACAGAGAAGGCUGCAAGCUCCCGGCUGUUGUGGAAGCCAAAAGGCUGAUUCUAAAUAGACUGGAGAAGGCUACGAAAGAUGACAAUGUCAGGAUGUACCUGCUGGCACUGAAGAACGCACUCCUUCCCGAAGCAAUUCCACUGCUUCUGAAGUAUGCCGAGUCAGAAGAAGGGGCCAUCAGCAAUGUGGCUGCCACCGCCUUACAGAGAUACGAUCCUUUUUUUCUCACCAAAGAGGUGAAGGAAACAAUGAACAGGAUAUACCACCAGAAUCGUAAAGUCCAUGAAAAGACAGUGCGAACCACUGCAGCUGCUAUCAUCUUAAACAGUAACCCAUCCUACAUGGAAGUGAAAAACAUCCUGCUCUCCAUUGGCGAACUGCCUCUGGAAAUGAACAAGUACAUGCUCUCCAUGAUCCAAGAUAUACUUCGUUUUGAAAUGCCUUCAAGCAAUACAAUUCGGAAAGUUCUGAAGGACAUGCGUGCUCAUAACUACGAUCGCUUCUCCAAGAUGGGCUCUUCCUCUGCCUACUCUGGCUAUAUUACACGUGGGCGUGAUGUAUCAUCCACAUACAGCCUUGACAUCCUCUAUUCAGGCUCUGGCAUUUUAAGGAGGAGUAACAUGAACAUCCAUAUGUUCGACAGAAAUGCUGAACUUCAUGCCAGCCAGGUGGUGAUUGAAGCUCAAGGUCUGGAGUCCAUCAUAGCUGCAACUCCUGAUGAAGGCGAGGAAAACCUGGACUCCUUUGCUGGCAUGUCAGCCAUUCUGUUCGAUGUCCAGCUCAGGCCAGUUACAUUUUUCCAAGGGUACGGUGAUUUAAUGUCUAAAAUGUUCUCAGCAACUGGAGAUCCCAUUAACGUGGUGAAAGGACUUAUCCUCCUGACAGAUUACUCACAGGAGAUCCAACUGCAAUCUGGGCCGAGGGCCAGCACAGAGUUCCUGGGUGGCCUGGCCAUCGACAUCUCUGGAGGGAUGGAGUUCAGCCUGUGGUACAGGGAAUCCAAAACCAACAUCAAGAUCCGGGUAGCCAUGUUUGUAGCUGGUAACUCUGAGGUGGAUUCCUUCUUUGUAAAAACCGGGAUGGAAAACACUUUGGAAGUGGAAACAACCUUAGACUUCAUCUCCACGGUGCAGUUUUCCCAGUACCCAUUUUUAGUCUGUAUGCAGAUGGAAAGAGCCGAGUCUCCAUUCAGGCGUUACAUGACCAAAUAUGAAAGUCUCCCAUCUGGCAGACGGUACACCGCCAAGAGAGGAAAAGCAGAACUGUUGGCAGGUAACGAAUACCCUCUCCAUCAAGAAAACUCCAACAUGUGCAGGAAGGUUUUCAGCACAAAGUCUGAGUCCUCCAGCAACUGGUUUUGAAUCGGGCACCUGAGCUUUUCCUUUCCUGAGCCCACGCUCCCGUGAUGACUUAGGCUUGUACGUACCAUACUAACGUGGAGCUUGGUCUUGCACUGCUGCAGUUGAUGGGAAAUUUGCCAUUGAUUUCAACGGGCCAGGAUCGAACUCUCAGUGCGUGCACAGUGUUUACAUAUUAACCUGUAUUUAAGACUUUUGUAAAAAAAAAAAAAAAAAAAAGCUAAGGCAAAUGAAGACCAAUUUGGUAGU